GCAUCAGGCAAUAUUCAACGACAGAAAGCAGUCAAGGAUGUUGACGGCCACUCUCUUAAGCAAGAAGCCUCCUCGAGUCUUCACGGAACAUUCCAAAGCUUCUAUACCAACAUUUUUCGACCAUGGGUCAGUCGCCAUCCUCUUUGCAAGGCUACAGCACACUUCAUCAAGGCACCAACGCAGGAUUUCCGGCGCAAGCAGCGAUCCGCAGUAUCCCUCUCUAUGGCUUCCAAAACACCGCACAGUGUAAAGCGCUCUGUGAUGCCGAUACGGCAUGUGCAGGGCUUCAAGUGUCUGGUGCUCAAAACAGCGACUUUAUGUGUGAGCUGCUUGGCUUUGGGACUGAUGUGAGUAUGCAGGGUAGCGCUGUGCGUGCUGGCGGUUCAAGCGCAUACAAGAAGGUUGACUUUGCCAUCUUGCCACAACCCAAGUCGACGACGACGUUUGUACCUUUGGUGAUUGCGCCUGCUCCGACACCACAACCUGCGCCAGCAGUGGUACAGCCUGAUGCUCAGCCUGUUGCACAGCAACCAGUCGCGGUAGCACCCGCUCCAACUCCAGCUCCUGCGCCCGCUCAACCUGCUGCCUCAAAACGCGGCCUCGACUGGCCUUGGAACAAUCCCUCCAGCAGCUGGUCUCUCUUUGCUCCCUCACAAAGCUGGGUGUACAAUUGGGAACUUUGGGACCCACGCGAGUCUUACUUUUCCGGUGAAUACGUCCCCAUGGUCCGUUCAGCAGAUCGCGUCACGCAAUUAUCAACAUACAUCCCAGCAGAUGGUUCACGAUGUCCACAACACUUGCUCGGUUUCAAUGAGCCUGAUUUGGUGGGUAGCGAUACCUACCAGACGCUAGAGGGUGCGAUUUCGCUUUGGCGAGGGUACUUCAAUCCACUGCGACAGACGUGUCCCAGCACAAAACUCGGUGCACCAGCCGUCACGAAUGGUAAUGGCGAGUACUGGGGUAUCUCCUGGUUACAGAAAUUCUUUGCCAACUGCAAUGAUUGUCAAGCCAGCAUCAGCUUCAUUCCCAUUCAUUGGUAUGGAGGCUCUGCAGCAGACUUUAUCCAAUACGUUGGACAAUUCCACAAUGCAUUCCCACAAUACCCGCUGUGGGUGACGGAAUUUGCCUUUGUCGGAAUCAGCACGGAAGCGUACUUGGUUGAGUUUAAGCAAGCACUGCAAUUCUUGGACAAUGCACGGUAUAUCGAGCGCUAUAGCGCAUUCGGCCCCAUGAAUGCCGCGAAUAUGGUUGGUAUCGUGGCAGGCGCCAUGGUGAGUGAUGAUGAGCGCAGUUUGACGGCUGUGGGAAGGUUAUACACGUCCUAAUCAUCGCUCAUGAGUUCUUCCAAUUCAGCCAAUUCUUCAGCGCUCAUGACUUGUUCUUUUGCUGCUACUUCUGGUUCAGGCUUCCACGCAGCUUGUUCGGCGAUAUGCGCACCGAGUCCGGCAGCUGUCAAAUCCCAUCGUCGCAGGGUACAAUCAAUCGACACGCUAAAUAGUGUCUGUCCAACAAUAGCGAGUCCAGUAAUUUCACUGAAGUGUCCCUCGAGUGUAAACUUGAGCUUGCCAGAUCCUCCCUCAAACAAGCGAAUCUGUUCAUCGCGACACGCAGUGAUGAUGUAGGGGCCAUAGACGAGGACAUCGCGUACAUAGUCUGGGUGUGGCAAUUUUGCUUCUUCUUUGUAUAAUGCAUCGACCAUAGCGAAUUGGCGUGCAAAUCG